AUGUCUCUUCUACGCCUUGCCAGGGCUGUGCCCCAGAGAGGGCUCCAUAUCAGCAGACCUCUUCUAGCUGGCCACCUGAAGUGGCAGAAUAUCCGUCACGAUAAGGCGAAAAAUGAUGCUAAGAAAUCCAAAGAGGCUCACUUUCUUGCGAGCCGUAUCGAGGCUUCAGUGAAGAGUGGAGGCACUGAAGGUAACGCCCAGCUCCAGACGUUGAUGGAGAAGGCCAGGAAAAUGAAUGUCACAAAGAAGAUCAUCGAAAACGCCAUCAAGAGAGGAACGGGUGAGGUGACAGGAGAAGGUUCCGCUGCAGCUCAGACUACCUACGAGUUCAUGGGCCCUAACGGAACAGCAUUCAUCAUCGAGGCAGAAACCGACAAUAAGGCUAGAACCAUCGGCCGUGUCAAGCACGCCAUGACCAAGUUCAACGCUAAUUUGAGCCCUUGCCAGUACUUGUUCCAGAGAAAGGGGGAGAUUGUCUUUGAGCCGCUCAACGAGGACGAGCAGCUAGAUGAUGUGCUUGAGGUGGCCAUUGACAUUGGAGCGGACGAUGUUGAAAACUUCAACGACGUGGACGACGAGUACGGUGGAGCCAGGCUCUUCCGGAUUCUCACCGACCCUUCCGAGUUGAACUCAGUUUCCAACAGUUUGGCCUCCAGGGGCUACAAGCUUCGAGACUCCAAGUCGAUUUUUCACGCGGAGGACCUCAACCAGGUGGACUUCCCAGAGGACCAGGAAAAGGCCUUUGGCAAGAUGAUCCAGCAGCUUGACGAGAUCAGCGAGGUCACCAACUACUACAUGAACAUUCGCCAACUGUAA